ACACUCUUCCUGCUCUUCGCCCCCUCUUGUUUUCUCUUUUCAAAUCAUCUCAGAUCUCAUUUCAUCUUCCAUUUCUCCAUCAUCAAUGGCUUCCAUUGCAGGAUCUUCGUCUUUGAUGGCAUCUCUCUCAUGCCACAAGCCUAAUCAGGCACUUUCAAGGGCUUCUAACUUCAAUGCGGUAUCUCUUGCUAUCAAUGGGAAAUCCUUCCCAUCUCUUAAAUUGCAUUCUGCCCCAUCACGCCUCAGGGUUUCUUGUGCGGCGAAACCCGAGACAGUGGACAAGGUGUGUAGCAUCGUUAGGAAGCAGCUGGCACUACCAGAAGACUCUGCUGUAACCGGAGAGUCCAAGUUUUCUUCACUUGGAGCUGAUUCUCUUGAUACGGUUGAGAUUGUGAUGGGACUUGAAGAAGAAUUCGGGAUCAGCGUGGAAGAAGAAAGCGCUCAGACCAUUGCAACCGUUCAGGAUGCAGCGGAUCUGAUCGAGAAGCUCAUCGAAAAGAAGUAAGGAGGAAAAGUGGAGUCAGAAUAGAUAUGGUUGGUUGGUUGGUUCUGUUUUUCGGUUCUUUUGAAACUUGUUUUUUUAGACCAAAAUCUUCUUGUGGUUUGCCUGGUGAUAUUGUAAGCCAAAGUCUGUGGCAGUUGGAUUGGAGGGGAGUAGUAAAACAAGCAUGUUAUAAUGUUGUCUUUUCCUUAGCAAAUUCCUUGUGUUUUAAGCUAAUAUCAAUAAUAUUUUACAUGAAUUAUAAAC